CUUGGUCGAGUCAGUGAAGAGAGACAAUACUCGCAUUGCUGAAGUGGAGAACAUGACUUCCAGUGAAAACAACCAAGUCGGAUAAAUGGCUUGAAACGCGUAUUAUUUUCAGUGUUUUUGAGCAGAAUUUGGUAAUCUUGAUCCUUAUUAUGAGUAUAUUAUAAAAUAAAGCUCCGCAUAUGAGUUUUAGAUUUAAACGUUAUUUAGACAGAAAAUUUGUAGAGAAAAUCAACUUUUGGAAUCACUAAUUUCUAAUAAUAUUAAUUUGUUUCAAAUGAAAGCGAAGAGUAAAAAUAAUGUUGGUUUCCUUGACUUCUCAUAUCCUCAAAAGAUGGUUUGUUUAUUUAUUAAUUCUAACUGAUAUCCCUCUUGGAGCAUUUCUAAUGUCCUGGAAUCAAUUAUAAAGAUCAGUCCAAGAGUGUUGAAUGAGGUACAGAUCUUUUACUUUAAAAUCAAUGCUCCCCAGCUCAAGAUAGUAGUGGCUUCAUAUAAGUAUAUUCAAAGAAUAAACAUAAGAUGCAGUGAACUCUCAAUUUCUUCAGCCAUCAACUUUUCUCAGUCUUUGAGAAUACAAAGAUCAAAGAGCUUGACUUCUUUUCUUCAGGAAGCCCAAUGUUUUCUAUCUCCAAAAGUUCCCUUCAAGAGUUCAUGAAUCUAAUCCAAGGAUUAGCUUCAACUCCAGACUUGAAGCAGAGUCUUCGAGGGCAUAUAUGCAGUCGAUUGUAACGUCCAAAAGAGUCAAAUCAAAGAGUUUCUGGACAAUUAUG